AUGACUAUCCCUUUACUACGGUCAUUCCCUAUAACACGCUAUGUGUCAUGUGCAAUAUUGCUAGGGCUUAUUGCUACAGUCUGCGCCGAAAAGGCCUACGGUAAAGACAUUGGCUUGCUUACCCCCGAGGAAAUCGAAGAGAACCUACAGCAAUGUGCAUUUGUACAAAGAUUGUCUGAUCACAAAGUUCAAAAUGCACCUCCCCAUGCAUCCUUAACCUCCAAACUCUUCGAAGUACUAUUUCCAUCCUCAUCGCCGGCCGUAAAUGCUCUAUUAGCGACAGCAUAUAUUUCUGGACCGCCAAACUUCCUGCUCGCAUUAUGUCCACCAAAUAUCGAUCCGUCCUCGUUGAGCAUAAUGGUGGCGUUUGCAGUUGGUGGUUUGCUAGGAGACACUUUGUUCCAUUUGCUACCAGAAAUCUUCCUGGGAGAAGACGAACAUGACAAAGCAAAGUUUGUAAUGAUUGAGCCAAACAGAAAUCUGCUGCUUGGCGUCGGGAUCAUUGUUGGACUGGUAACAUUCAUGGCGAUGGACAAAGCCUUGCGCAUUGCUACUGGUGGAGGUGGACAUUCUCAUGAUCACAAACACGAAGCAGAUGACCAUAAGAAGGCUUCCAAUGGCUCUGCUUCUGGUGUUUCCAAGAAGAAGUCAAAUGGUGAUCUACGGAAACGAAAGGGACAGCAGACGGGCAAGUCUGAGAGCUCUGUGGUAGAAUCACAACCUAUCAAUCCCUCUGUGAAACUUGCGGGUCUGUUGAAUCUCAUUGCCGACUUCACACACAACAUCACCGAUGGACUGGCUCUGUCGUCUUCCUUCUACGCCUCCCCAGCCCUUGGAGCGACCACGACAAUGGCUGUCUUCUUUCACGAAAUCCCACAUGAAGUGGGCGACUUUGCUCUGUUGAUUCAAUCGGGCUUCUCCAAGCGCAAGGCAAUGGGUGCACAGUUUGUCACUGCCGUCGGAGCAUUCCUUGGUACUUUGAUUGGUAUCUUUGUGCAAGAGUAUGGAAAUGGUUCAACAGAUGCAUCUGCAGGUCCAGUCAAAGGAAUUUGGGGCACAAGUCUUCAAUGGGGUGAUAUGCUUCUACCCUUCACUGCAGGCACAUUCCUCUAUGUUGGAACUGUGGCUGUGAUUCCGGAACUCCUGGAGACGGGACCUAAUAAGGGCGAGGAGUUGCGAAAGACAGCUUUGCAAUUCACAGCUAUGGCUGUUGGUGCAGCAAUUAUGCUUGGCAUUUCCUGGUCCUGA